AUGGAUGCACUCGAGAAAACAGGGAAUAAACUGGAUCAAGCUCAAUAUAUUCGCGAGGUGCUCGCUGGAUCAUGCUUGGAGCAAGCCAACCCUGCACGCACCCCAAUUGGUAAAAUUCAGGACGUCAAAGACGAGGACGAUUUGCUACCGAGUGAAAGUGAAAGUUCACGCAUAAGUCUAACCAUGAGCAAGCUCCUGUCAUUGGUUGGGAGCCUGCUGCGUCUGUCUCGAUGCACAAGACCAGACUUUGCAUUUCCGUGCACCGGGCCAGCUAGCGAGCGCAUGCACCGCGAGACAGAGAAUGGCGAUGAGAGAAACGAUUUGCUAGUUAUUUAA